UCUAUCUCUCCGUUGUCUCUAUUUUUCUCUCUUGCUUUCCCCGUGCACAGAGUGGCAGCUGAUAUCGUGCCGAUGAUAUUUUCUGUAUCAAACUAUAAACAAAAACGAACUAAUUUUAAUGCAUCCAAAUGAGGGUUGUAUCGAACGGUGAGGUGCCCACCCUCGUUGUUUUACUCACUGUGUGUUCAACUCCGGUGCCGUGCGGUGAGUCCGCGCCGUGUUCAUUAAUUUAUUAAUGUGAGGUGUGUAGUGUGUAAUCUAGUGUAUUGAGUGUUGAGAUCAUGUAUGGGCUGGACACAGCUGUUGUGUUUAGUUUACGCCAGCUACAGUUUCAGUAUCAUGUUGUGUUGUGAAGGGAUUAGGACGAUUAUGCAAAGGAUUUGAGUCCAGUCUUGCUCUGUGAGGGAGUUGAGACAUUUUUCGUGUUAGGAUGGUAUCUGUGGAGCGUGAGAACAAUUCAUCACGCUGAGCACAUACAACUUUUUGAGAGAAGGGAAGUGACGUCACUAUUCUAACAGAGCAACUGUCACAGUGGAAGUGACCCCGCCUUACUCUGAUAGUCGCUCCUCCCCCGUCACGCCCACAUCAGGUGACGUCAGCGGUAACCAUGACAUCCGAGUCGGACAUCAUUGACCUAAAGGCCCGCUCCCGAGAGGGGCGUGGCCUCAGCCAGAAGGCCGGUGAACACUGGAUUGAGAUCCAGAAGAACACGUUCAUGAACUGGGUGAAUCUUCAGCUCCAGAGCUCAGGUCUGUCCGUGUCGGACUUCGAGGUGGAUUUCGACGACGGCGUGCGUCUGUGUGCCCUGGUGGAGGCGCUGCAGAACAGGAAGAUCGGACGUAUCAACAAGAAACCCAUCAACCAGCACCAGAGUCUGGGAAAUGUCAGCAUCGCGCUUAAAGCCAUAGCAGACGACAAUGUCCGGCUGGUCAAUAUUGGUGAGUGAGUUAGCGGGCUUGACUCGUGUAGGGUGUAGUGUAGUCUUUAGAUGCACUCACGUUUACAUACGCACACAUUGCCUAUUUGUCUACAUUA